AUCCACUCGUACUGAUCAUUGCAAGCUUUUACUUGUCCAGAGCAUGACUCAUUUGAUGAGGAGGCGUGAUCACGAGCACUGCUAGGAAACGAAGAAAGGCAUGUGACGGCAACGUGUUCAGAGGCAAACAGUCAACCCUGGGUGAUGUCUUUCGAGAUCAUUAUCGAGGAGCACGCUGGGCCCUUGCCCAAUUCGGCUCCUCUUCUGCUGCCGACGGCGAUUGACAUGCCGCCUGAGGAUCCCCGUUCGCUGCUGUACAUCCUUGACAGCCAGUUGGAGCGACUGGAGAUUGAGGCUUUCGAGCAAGAAAUCGCCAAGGCCCAGCAGGUACAGGAGCAGACGCAAGCGAAAGCGAAAGUGAAAGCUCAGCGCCAGGCGAUAGCAGAACUGCCGCUGCUACAGGAGAUGCUCGAGAAUGAAUUAUUGCUCGAUGCCCUCGGUCGUAGAACGCUCGCUGUUGCUGGCUUUGAAACGGCACCGGUCUUUCAUGAUCCUUUUUACUGGUACCUGAGGAAGGAGCAAUCGACUUCGUACGCUCCUCCUUCGCUCAAUAAUCAGGUCCUCAUCAUCGGUGCAUACGACAAUGACCAAGCAACUUUUUCUGACGCGCAACAUUCCAAUCAGACUCGCUCCUUGACCCAUCUCGAAAGACCAGCCGAGCACUACUGGGAACCGCGCGCUCCCUACCAGCAUCAUCACCAUCGCCAUCUUCGGCCGGCGUGCUUUGCGCAUGAGCCCGAGCCGGCUCACGUGCGCGAUCGCUACGAAGAGCACGCACUCGAUUGGCUCGGUCGAGAGCUGCUGAGAGCACGCAAUGCGCGCGCGCGCAGUGCAUCGGAUACCCAUCAGGAUGAGCAGAAUACAGCUGUGACGAAAGGUGGCGGCAAUGAAGGCGAAGGAUUCGUCUAUGUCAUCGACGAUGGUAGCGUCGGCAACACGCAGAGCGUCGCGGAGUCGAGCACUGCCCACUCUCCGCCGCACGCAAACGUCGCCCGCUCCGACUAUCCUCGCCAUUUGCCAGUGCACGAUAAUUACGACCAAGAAGCUCAUGGCGACGCACCAACCGCGUCUUCGGCAUCCACAAAUGUCACAAGCUCGACCGCACCUGCAGCCGAAAGCGCCGCCCUAGCGGACGACACGAAAGCGCCAACAUCGGUGCCGACGAGAACUCGCAAGCUGAUGGGGAGCGUGAUGGACGAAAAAGAGGAAGCAGUGCUGGAGACGACCGGCGUGCCAGUAGCCACAGAGGCCGUCGUCAGCGCUGAUAGCGACGGUCCUCCUCGCAAGACAUUGAAGGUACACGAUCGGCGCACCUGA